AUGCGUUUCUUAUAUCUCUAUAUAUUCCUACACGUCUGCUAUGCAACAAUCGACGAUUACAAUGCGAAACGAGCCCAGAUCCUCAGAGAUGAGGCCCUCUUAUCUCUAGGGGGAGACACUCAGCUCACAGAUAAAGAGCUAGCCGUCAACAACUGUCUAAUGCAACACAAGUUCCGUGAAGUAGACUACGGUUAUAACAAUCCGCAAGCAUUCAACUUCUCACAUCAUUUCUUCUUGUACAAUAAUAAUAUAAAUAAAUCUAAAGUUUACCAGAUCAUUAAGGACAUACCGAAGGGAGCGGCGCUUCAUAUACACGAUAUGGGAAUUUUGGGACCCGAUUACAUCAUGCGCCUGACGUAUAUGGAUCACCUCUAUAUCUGUUUUGGUCUACGCGACAUACAAUUUAAAUUUUCCCUUAAAAGGCCACAAACGUUAUGUGAUGGCAGGUGGCAGUUACUUAAGGAUGUUCGAGACAACUUCAAUGAUACGACCACAUUCGAUGCACAUUUAAGGCUAUAUUUCACUAUGCGUGUCAGCAACCCUGACAUAAGGUAUCCGACCAUCAAAGAAUCAUGGGGAACCUUUAUGAAAUACUUUAGUACAGUCAUUCAAAUACUGACAUACAGGCCAGUGUGGGAGCAAUAUUUUUAUGACGUGCUCCUUAAGUUUAGAUUGGAUAAUGUUAUGUAUAUUGAACUGAGAAGUAUUUUACCAAGUUUGUACGAUUUGGACGGGACAGUUUAUUCACCGAUGAUAACAGCGAAGACAUACAACAAGGUAAUAAAGAGAUUCAAGAAAGACUACCCAGAUUUUUUCGGAGCGAAACUUAUUUACGCACCAUCUAGAAAAAUUGAGAGGAUUCAAUUGGAUAAAUAUUUAAAUCUAGCCAGAACUUUGAAGGCUGACAUGCCAGAUUUGUUUGCGGGAUUCGAUCUGGUCGGUCAGGAGGACUUGGGUAGUCCAUUGAUAGAGUUCAUACCCCAAUUAUUAUCUGCCUCUAAGGAACUGAACUACUUCUUUCACGCCGGCGAAACUAAUUGGUACGGAACACUGACGGAUGAAAAUCUCAUAGACGCUAUCUUAUUGGGAGCUAAAAGGUUAGGUCACGCGUACGGUAUUAUCAAACAUCCGUUAUUAAUGAAAGCUGUUAAAGAUAACGGAAUCGGUAUAGAAGUGAACGUCAUAUCAAAUAAUGUUCUAUCAUUGGUACACGAUGUACGCAAUCAUCCUUUGAGCGCGUUCCUAGCUCAGGGCCUGCCUGUUGUACUUUCAAGUGAUGAUCCCGGUAUAUGGGAAGCUGAUCCUUUAUCUGAUGAUUUCUACGUUGCUUUCGUGGGUGUAGCUAGCCGACUUUCAGACCUAAGACUCAUUAAGCAACUUGCUUUUAACUCCCUUAAGUAUAGUGCCCUUAAUGAAACUAUGAAAGCGGUUGCUAUUAAUCAGUUGACAGAGCGAUGGGAUACAUUUAUAAGUAAUUUCAACUGUUCAAAAUAUUAA